AUGAAAUACGUUGUUGUCUCGGGCGGUGUCAUUUCGGGAAUCGGUAAAGGCGUGUUGGCCUCGUCCACCGGUCUUCUUUUCAAAACCUUGGGCUUCAGAGUCACUUCCAUCAAAAUCGACCCUUACAUGAAUAUCGAUGCUGGUACCAUGUCUCCUUUGGAGCACGGUGAGUGUUUCGUGUUGAACGACGGUGGUGAGGUCGAUUUGGAUUUGGGUAACUACGAGAGAUACUUGAACAUCACCUUGACCAGAGACCAUAACAUCACCACGGGUAAGAUCUACUCCCACGUUAUUGAAAGAGAGAGAAAGGGUGACUACUUGGGUAAGACUGUCCAGGUGGUGCCCCACAUCACGGAAGCUAUCCAGCAGUGGAUUGAAAGAGUUGCUCGUGUGCCUGUUGACGAGUCUGGCUUGGAGCCUGAGGUGUGUAUCAUUGAAUUGGGUGGUACUGUGGGUGAUAUCGAGAGUGCUCCGUUCGUGGAGGCCUUGAGACAGUUCCAGUUCCGUGUGGGUUCGGAGAACUUUGCCUUGAUUCACGUUUCGCUUGUUUUGGUGAUCCACGGUGAACAAAAGACUAAACCUACUCAGGCCGCCAUCAAGGAGUUGCGUUCGCUUGGUUUGAACCCAGACAUGAUUGCCUGUAGAUGUUCUGAGGAAUUGGAGGUUGCUACCGUGCAAAAAAUCGGUAUGUUCUGUCACACUGGCCCAGAGCAGGUUGUGGCCAUCAGAGACGUCAACUCUACUUACCACGUUCCUCUCUUGUUGCAGGAGCAGCGUAUGAUGAAGUUCUUGUCCAAGAAGUUGCGUUUGGACGAUGUUGAGUUGUCUGAGAACUCCAAGUCCAGAGGUGCUGCCCUCUUGUCUUCCUGGAGAUCUUUGACUUCUGCCCACGACAAGUCUAUCGAGCAGGUCACCAUUGCUCUCGUGGGUAAGUACACAAACUUGAAGGACUCUUACCUUUCGGUGAUCAAGGCUUUGGAGCACUCUGCCAUGAGAUGUUACCGUAAGUUGAAGAUCGAAUGGGUCGAGUCCAGCGAUUUGGAGCUUGAAACCAAGGAAUCUUCUCUCGCUGACUACCACAAGGCAUGGCACUUGGUCUGCCAGGCCGACGGUAUCCUUGUUCCAGGUGGUUUCGGUUCCAGAGGUAUUGAAGGUAUGAUCGCUGCUGCCAACUACGCUAGAGUGAACAACGUUCCAUACUUGGGUGUUUGCUUGGGUUUGCAAGUUGCCGUCAUUGACUUUGUCAGAUCCAUGUUGGGCAUUGAAAACUCUUCUUCUAUGGAGUUCCACCCAGAGGCCGACGAAGAGACCUCUUCUGUCGUCUACAUGCCAGAUGUUGACCAGAUCAACCUCGGUGGUACCAUGAGAUUGGGUAUCCACACCACCAAGUUCUCCCAGGACUCUGAGUGGUCUAAAUUGAGAAAAUUGUACGGCGGUGCCGACUCCGUUCUCGAAAGACACAGACACAGAUACGAAGUCAACCCUAAGUUGAUUGACAGAAUCGAGGAGAAGGGCUUGAAGUUCAUUGGUAAGGACGAGACAGAAAAGAGAAUGGAGAUUGUUGAGCUCCAGAACCACAAGUUCUUUGUUGGUACUCAAUACCACCCUGAAUACUGCUCCAAGGUCUUGGACCCAUCGAGACCAUUCUUGGGUUUGGUGGCUGCUUCUGCCGGUGUGUUGGACGAUGUCUUGACCAGAGAUGACAUUCACGAGAAGGGUGAGUUCUAA